UUAGCUGUCCUGAUUCUUGUUUCUCCAAUCGCGCGCCCACGCAAGAAUCCCACGAUCUUACAGCAUACGACCACGUUGAUCCUCUUUUCUGGUCAUUUCAAUUGUUUGUCCGCGUAGUCUCAAUCGCGAGACUUGAUCGACGACACUCUUCUUCCCGACCUCGUUCGGCACGGACUCCCAAUUCCGGGUAGAGAAUACGCCUUCUCUCUCUCAAAGUGUCCGAUCACCAUUACGCCGACCAAGAACGGACGACUGCGGAAUCUCUUGGGUCUACAACACCAGCGCUUCAACAUCCAACAUACGCGAACUCGACGACAAUUUCCUGGAGUACCAUACCAUACCGGGUCGAACCCUCCGUCGUCUUUACGCAAUCAACACACAACAAACCUCAAGAUGGCGCAAAUAUUCCUCGACGUGCUCUACUCCUUUGGCAACUGCCUCAACUGCUUCCCCGGCUCACCGACGCUCAAGAUCAACAGUCGGAGCUUCAAGAUCCUCCGCCUGCUGGGCGAGGGCGGCUUCUCCUACGUCUACCUCGUCCAAGACACCCAAACCGCCGAAGAAUUCGCCCUCAAAAAGAUCAGGUGCCCCUUUGGCGCAGAGUCGGUCGCCCAGGCCAUGAAGGAGGUCGACGCCUACCGCCUCUUCGCCCGCAGCCCGGGCAUCAUCCACGGCGUCGACCACGCCAUCGCCACCGAGCGCGGCGGCGAGCCCGGGUCAAAGACGGUCUACGUCCUCCUCCCCUACUACCGCCGCGGCAACCUCCAGGACCUCAUCAACGCCAACCUCGUAAACCACACCGCGUUUCCCGAGCGCAGGCUCAUGCUCCUGUUUCUCGGUGUGUGCAAGGCGCUUAGGGAGAUGCAUCACUACACCGGCGGCGGCGGCGGCGGGCAAUCCUCAUCACAGCCCGCCGCGAUGGAGAGGAUGGAGAUGGGCAACGGUGACGAGGACGACCAGGGCGCCGGGCCGAAGCGCAAGAAGAGCGGCAAGAAGAACAAGGGCGGGAAGCGCGUCUCCAGCAUGGCCGCCGCCGCGGGCGCCGACGAAGAGGACGAGAGCGAGCAGCAGCGACCGCUGAUGGAGGGCGAGACGCCCGGGUCCGGGGACGUAAAGUCGUAUGCACACAGGGACAUCAAGCCAGGCAACAUCAUGAUUGACGACUCGGGCUCGAACCCAAUCCUAAUGGACCUGGGCUCCAUCGCCCCCUCCCCGAUCCCGAUAACAUCCCACUCCCUCGCCAUCGCCGUCCAGGACACGGCCGCCGAGCACAGCACGAUGCCCUACCGCGCCCCCGAACUCUUCGACGUCCGCACCGGCACCGUCAUCGACACAAAAGUCGACAUCUGGUCCAUGGGCUGCACCCUCUACGCCUGCCUCGUCGGUAAGUCCCCCUUUGAGGCUCGCUCCGACGAGACGGGCGGCUCCCUCAGCAUGUGCGUCCUCGGCGGCGACUGGCGCUUCCCCGACGAGGGCAUCAAGCGCACCGGCACCAGCGGCGGUAUGAAGGGCAAAGCGGCCGCCACGGCGGACGCCGGUGCGGGAGCCGGAGAAGUCAAGAUUAGCGAGCCCAUUCGCGAUGUCGUGAGGAAAUGUCUCAAUGUCGAGCCUACCGAGAGACCGGACAUUGAUGAGCUCAUUGAGUUGGUGGAGAGUGUCAUUGAGGACUUGCCUCAAGACGGAUCGUUGUGAAUGCGGCAGAUGGACCCAAGGACGAGCGAACCGCAGAGGCUUGCGCAAAGAGUGAUGUAUUGUAUAACGAUGUUUCAUCUUUCUACUAUUCCCAGGGAAGAUUUGAUAGGCUUCAUGUCACCACGGCGUUCUAGGGAGGGCGUAU